UUCCAGAUUUGCAUUCCAGUUUGACAGUAACUGCCUCCAGAUCAUCUAACCAUCACUUCACAGAAAGAAGUCAGAACUCCCUUAAAGGAAAAUGUUCCACUUCGCAGGAAUCAUCAACAUGGAUACCAACAAUAAGACAUGUGGAUGAGCCUCGCUCUCUCACUCAUGGCUGCCUUGGCGCUGGGCACAGAGGUCUUGGUCCCUCAGGAUGUGGGCUCACUGGAUCCAGCUGAAAAGCCAGCAGACGAGGCAGAUUUCAGCUAUGUUGACUUCGCUUCUCUGGGUGGAAAUUCCAGACCUCAGAUCUUGAGGGCUCAGUAUGAAUGUUACCUGAAGAUGAUUCAUGAGCCACUUCGCACAGAUGAAGGCCCUUUCUGUAACCGUACGUGGGACGGUUGGAUGUGUUGGGACGACUCUGCGCCGGGUACUUCCAUGCAGAUGUGUCCUUCGUACUUUAUAAACUUUGACCCCAGUGAAACAGUUACCAAAAUUUGCAAUCCUGAUGGCCAGUGGUUCCACCAUCCAGAGAGUAAAAGAGUCUGGAGCAACUACACACUGUGUUCUGCCCACAGUAAAGAUAAACUCAAGUUUACAAUCGGUCUCUAUUACCUGGCUAUGGUCGGUCAAGGUAUAUCCAUCGUUUCUUUAAUCAUCAGUUUGGUCAUCUUCUCAUAUUUAAAAAGUCUUAGCUGUCAGAGGAUCUCUCUCCACAAAAACAUGUUCAUCUCUUUCAUCUUCAACUCUGUGUUUACCAUGGGGUGGCUUUCAUUGGUCUCCUCUGGUUGGCAAACCAUAAGUGCCAUCAACCCUGUCAUCUGCAAGAUUCUAGCUACGUUGAUUCAGUAUACUGCUACCUCCAACUACUUCUGGAUGCUGUGUGAGGGCAUCUAUCUCCACACGCUCAUCAUAGUGGCUGUCUUUGUGGGGGAACAGCAGCUGUGUUGGUACUAUAUCCUGGGAUGGGUUUUUCCCAUCUUUCCUGCCAUUACAUAUGCUGUUGCUCGUGGAUUCUACUUUAAUGACACGUGUUGGAUCAGUUCAGACUCCCACCUCGUCUACAUCAUUCAUGGGCCCAUUCAUGCUGCACUCUUUGUAAACCUUUUCUUUCUCCUGAACGUCAUCCGAGUCCUCAUCACCAAGCUGAGGAAGACGCACUGCGCUGAGUCUACUGCCUACAUGAAGGCGGUGAGGGCCACGCUCACCCUGAUCCCUCUGCUGGGAGUCCAGCACAUCCUCUUUCCCUGGAUCCCAGACAUAUAUGACAAGCAAGUCAUUCAGAUCUUUGUGUCUGUCCUUUCCAACUUCCAGGGACUCCUUGUGUCAAUUAUUCUCUGUUUCUGCAAUGCAGAGGCCCAAACAGCCCUGCGCAGGAAGUGGGUUCAGUGGAAGAUCGCCUGGGGAAAAACAGGUUUGGGAGAAACUCCGUUUGUCAGCCAUCACUUCAACUGUCACACCACCUCCUCCAUUGUGGAGACCAGCCGUGCUACUGGCAGCGCCAAGGUGCCGUCUCAUCGACAGACGGAAACCUGUCACCUCAUGCCUGUAGGGCAGCAAAAGACAGGAUAAGGAUGCACAAACCAAGACCUGACCUCCAAYCUCUGAAGCAGCAGAGAUAACUUCUGAGGUGUCCAACAACUAAAGCACACAACAUCUGAAAAAACAACAACUAAAAACUCAUUUACAAAGUAAAUGGAAAGUGAUUGCUUUGUAUGUAAAUAAAUGAUGUUGUAUGAACAACCUGA